ACUCCCUGUGGCUCGGGGGGCUUAGAAUACAGCCACGGUAUCCCCUGCCUGUCGUAAGAGGCGACUAAAAGGGGACGCACACACGCAGACUCAAGCGAAAAAUGGUAAAAGUAUGGCACAAAGGGGCCGUUAGCUCCUAGAGUACCCCACCCUUAAAGUAGCGAAAUUUAUCGGCAUCAGGUCGGUAUCCAGAGAGCGCUACCGAUGCACCGGGGUCCCUGACACCCCGAUGCCAUAAUGUCUGUAUACAGACUAUCACCGUUGCUUCGGGUUCCCUAGCACCCCAUGAUGAUUUCAGGAUUGUGUCCACAGAGCGUCACUGGCGCUUCGGGGUCCCUGACACCCCGGAUGCCAUGUCGGUAUGCAGAGUGUCACUCGUUUGUAAAUAAUGUUGUUUAUUUGGCGACAAUGACAGUAAAGGAAUUGAAAUUAUGUGUUAGAAAUUAUUCAUUUGGAAAUAUUUUAUAAUCGAAAUGUAAAUUACGUUGUUUAAUUUACGAAUUGGAAAAGAAACAAAUUAACAACGUUUAAACAAGAGUGCGUUUUGUAAAUAUGACGACAUUAAAAGGAAUUUUUCCUGACUUAAAGCCAGUGAGGCGAAAAAAUUUCAUUCAUGAAAAUGUGAAAAAUCUACAUCGUAUGAAAAAAAUUUCGGUGAAUACAGCAACGGAUGAUAUACAAAAAUCACAGAUACAUAAUCGAAAAAGAAUUAAUAAUAAUAAUUAUAACGAAGAUAGUUUACUAAAACCUGGUACAAAACAACAUGAAAUUAUUCAUGCAAAAGGUACUGCGAAUCACAAAUCAGAAUUGUAUAAAAAAUCCAGUGCCCCUAUAUUAACCAAAACUGCUAGUUGUACAAAGAAACCAAUGCGUUCAACUAACAACAAUAUGUCAGUUAACCAAAAAAAGGAGUGUCAUAAACAUAGACCUCUAAAAAAAUCACAUGGGAAAGUUUUAUCAGACUCUAACUUAUCCUGCACGUCAGUCAGAGAUAAUCUAAAAACUGAAGUCAGAAAUCAAGGUAUUCAAACAUUGAAUACAACAGAAAUUGAUAAUUUAUAUUCUGAGGGGAUCAUAAAGUAUCCUUCAAAAAGAUUUCUAAGUUGUAAUGAGGCAAAUGAGGAAAUUGGUAAACCAUCAGAAGGGGGAGAUACACCUGUGCAAAAUGAAACUGGUUUAAAGAAUCCUAAGGAAGAGACUGAUUUUAUUAAAUUAAAUAAACAAAAUUCUUCUACUACUAGUAAAAUAGCUAGUAAAACUAAUAGUAACAAUAUUAACAAUCCUAAACCUAAUACUUCUGCUUCUAAUUAUCGCAUGGGCGUAGUUCCAAAGUACAUUAAGAAUAGAAAGGAAACUCUAGAAAAAAUAGAGAAAGCUAAGACGAAAGAACUAGAUGCCAAUUGCCCGGAUGGUCAUGUUCCUUUACCUGACGAUGAACGCAGAGAAACAUUACGUGUGUUACGAAAGAAUUACCAAGAAUUUGUAAAUGAGUUAAAUAUGUUGCCAAUAAAGGUAGACACACUUAGGGCACAGCGUCGGAAAAUGGAAAUAGAAAAACAACUGAAUAAAUUGGAAGAAGGAAUAAAGGUUUUCUCAAGACCUAAGGUUUAUGUAAAAAUGAAUGCAUAAAUUGUUAAUAUGUUGCACAUUUAUGUGUAAAUGU